AUGUACGGCUGCACACCCGGAGGUCCUGGGUUCGAGUCCGGGGGUCGGGCCAAGUUUUGUUAUGGUGUCUUUCUGUAUAGUAAGCUCAGUAACAGCCGGAGUUGGGAAGUUGACGGUGUUUCACUCCCGUGCCUCGGAGAGCACGUAAAGCCGUCGGUCCUGCGCCUUAACUCUCACUGGUCGUGUCGAAUGGUCGUCCCACCAGAAUAUGAGAGUGACAGGAAUAGAGAGUGCACGUUGUGUCUGCGCGUACACUUGUGCACUAUAAUAUCUCCUGCGCAGUUGGCUAGUCUCAAUGAGAUUGGCCGCCGUGAACGGAAUCGGUCAGGAGAACAUCAAUCAAUAUCUCCUAUAGAUGCCGCACUUGGAAUUCAGUUCGACGCUUUUGAUAAUUCUUUCAUGACCCAAUUAAGCUCAGAGAACCACAGAAAUAUACCUAAAAAUGGAAAAUACAGGAAUAAUUUGACCUACUUAACAACACUUUUG